UAAAGGACCCAUUUUUAAUUAAAUCUAGCUCAAUCUAACAGGUUUAUUUGAAAAUUCUCAGAAAAUUCAAAAUUUAUUCAGAUUAUGUGCGGUACAUUUCAGGAAAGAUGCACUAUAUUUUUCAUGCAAAACAAAGACGUUGAAUCUGAGGGUUAAGUGAAAUAAUCCAAUUUAGCUAUGGAGGCACUGACUGUGAAACCAUAAUCGCUGAUGAAGCUGUUGAAACUGAAAGGGAAACUUGCCCGCCCGCUCCACGUUCAGCCGCUGGGUGGUUCAGCAGGUCCCGGAUCUGGGAGCAAGCGACACCCUCCCAUCCCCCGCCCCCGGGAGAGUAGCACGAUGGCGGCCGCGGGGGGUCCUUCCGCGCCACCGCGCUCUCGAGCCGUGAGUGAGCUCUGCCAGAACGCUCGAGACACCUUCCUGGAGGCCUCGCGGUUACUGCUCACCUACGCGGACAAUAUCCUCAGACACCCAAAUGAAGAAAAAUAUAGGUCUAUUCGGAUUGGAAAUCCAGCGUUUUCUACUCGGUUGUUACCUGUCAGAGGAGCAGUUGAAUGUUUGUUUGAAAUGGGAUUUGAAGAGGGAGAAACUCAUCUUGUUUUUCCUAAGGAAGCCUCAAUUGAACAACUACACAAAAUCCGAGAUCUGAUUGCUGGAGAGAGAAAUAGCAGAUUAAGUGAAUCAAGUCAAACCCAAAGAUCAGGAUCUUCUCAAACUGUAACUAGUAUGCAGCAUAUUGUACCUCAGUCUUCAAGAGCUGCUGACUCAACCCUAAUCCCUGUCAAUAGGCAACUACAAACAUCAGCUGCACAAUCUGCUGAAAUGCGUGGCAAGCUGCAGGUGACCAUGCAGAGCUCAUCAGCACAGGUGACCAUGAUGGAGUCCCAGAAUCGCAAAAGAGCUCCAGCAUGGACCGAACGGGAGGUACGGGAUCUGAUCGCUGUUUGGGGAGAGGAAUCCGUGCUAUCAGAACUCCGUUCCAGUUUUCGAAAUGCCAAAACCUUUCUGAAAAUCUCCCAAGGCAUGAAGGACAGAGGCCAUAACAGGCACCCGAAGCAGUGCCGCGUGAAACUGAAGGAGCUGAGGCAAGCCUACCAGAAAACCAGAGAGGCGAACAGCCGCUCUGGGUCAGAACCCCAAACAUGCCGCUUCUAUGAUGAGCUGCAUGCCAUUUUAGGGGGUUCAGCCACCACUACCCCAGCCGUGUUGUUUGACUCCUUCAAUGGAGAUGGAGGCAAUACGGAAGUAGGUUUUGGGGACGAAGAAGAUGAUGAUGAGGAGGAGGUUGUAGAUAGCUCACAGCAAGCAAGCGGAGAAACCGGUUUUCCCGACAGCCAGGAACUGUUUCUCGAGUCUGAAACAAUCUUCUUUAAAACCCUUCAAUCAAAUUUUCAGCAUGUGCAAGUGUAUGAGAACCAGUCUCUUCAAAAGAAAGCAUUGGCUUCUAUUCCAGUCCAAGCAUUGAAAGAGAAAGCUCAAGAAAAGUUAGCACAAGCCAAAAAAGUGGAUGAAGGAACCCAUGUGAAUGAAGAUGAUUUUUUGUUGUUGGAGCUCUUGCAGUGGUUUAAGGGUGAAUUUUUUCAGUGGGUGAAUAACCUUGCUUGCAGCAAAUGUGGUGGUCAGACAGAGCCUAAAGGUCUCUUACCACCUAAUGAUGAAGAUCUGAGAUGGAAUGCAAACAGAGUUGAAAAUCAUCACUGUAACCAGUGCCAGUUCAGCAAUAGAUUCCCAAGGUAUAAUAAUCCUGAGAAACUUCUGGAAACAAGACGUGGGCGUUGUGGAGAGUGGGCUAACUGUUUUACACUGUGCUGCAGAGCUAUAGGAUUUGAAGCUAGAUAUGUCUGGGAUUCAACAGGUAUCAAUGCUCUAGAACACCUUAAACUUAGUAUAAGCAUGCAUAAAAAUGGGACUUACAAAAUCAUUAGAUCUAUACUUGAGGUUGUUGAUGUCACCUGGAGAUAUUCCUGUAAACACGAAGAAUUACUUUCUAGAAGGACACAAGUCAAAGAAGCAGCAUUGCGUGAAACCAUAGAGAGGCUUAAUAAACUGAGACAACAAUCCUUGUCAGAAAGCAGAAAGAGAGUGCUCCUGGAGAGGAUAAUUGUGGAGCUUGUUGAGUUCAUUUCUCCGAAAACUCCUAAACCUGGUGAACUUGGUGGAAGGAUAUCUGGUUCAAUGGCUUGGAGAGUAGCCAGAGGUGAAAUUGGUUCAGAGAGGAGAAAAGAAGUCAUUUUUAUUCCAUCUGGGAAAGAGAAGACCUCUAAACUCUUCCACCUCAGUUACAAUAUAGUGGAAGACAGCUAUACACGACUUUCCAAUAAUAAUGAAAAAAUCACUGGCUGGGAGGAAGGUGUGUGGAAGACUGAGUCUCUAUGGAGAAAGGUUGAAACGGAUUGGAAAAUGGUUUAUUUAGCCCGAAAAGAAGGGUCAUCCUCUUCUUACAUCUGCUGGAAGUUUGAGUGUGGGUCAGUUGGUCUAAAAAUAGACAACAUUUCCAUUAGAACGAACAGUCAGACAUUUCACAGUGGAAGAAUAAGGUGGAGAUUGCGCUCCAACAUAGCAGAAGUUGAUCUGACUGGAGAUAAAAUUCUUCGCUCCUAUUCAGAUUUCUCUGAUGCAACAGAAGUUAUUUUGGAAGCUGAACUAAGUGGAGGGGAUGGUGAUAUUGCAUGGCAGCACACCCAGCUGUUUAGAGAGAGCUUAAGUAACUCUGGAGAAAAUAGUUUGGAGAUAAUUAUAAAACUCAUUGGUCUCUGAGAACUUAAACAGAGGAGAAAUGCUAUUGGCAACAGGGGUUUAUUUUAUAAAAUAUGCUGUGGAUACAAUGUGAGGACUUGAUUGUCAAUAACCAUGGUUCAUACUGCUGGCAUUUUAUUUCCCAUUUGCCUGUUUUAAUUUGGCCAUCAUGAAAAUAAUAAUUUUUAUACUAUGGACCAUAAAGAAACAUUGGAAUUUUGAAGUUUUUAUUCUUGUGUAAACUUAUAGCAAAUAUGGAAAUGUCAAAGUAAAAACGUGUUUCAUCCAAAACACAAACACAAAAUUAAGGUAUUCAGAGUUACAAUUGAUGCUCCAUCCUAAACUUACUUCAUAGUGAGAGGGGGAAAUAAUUAUAGGAAAGCAAACUGAGUGAGGAACAUACAGCAGUUUUAACUUUGAAUUUCUGGGCUGGUUUGUUUCACAAUCUCUGCUGUUAUUUGGAGUUAAAAUUUGAACUUAAUGGUCUGGUAGGCAGCAUGUGUUAUGUUACUUUUAAUUUUAAAAGACUUGUAAAAAGGAUAAUAUUAGCCCCUAACAUCUCCUGUGGUUAAAUCUACAUAAUAUUUAGGCAUUUUUAAAGUUACAAUAUUAUUUUACAUGAUGCACCAGAACAGGAGCUUUAGAUAAAUAUGAAGGCAGUUUUUAAGAUGGCCUAGAAAUAUGCGUGUAUUGGUCUAAGUAAUAAACAUAUUUUGGAGUAUACUAGUAUACUGGGUAAAUACAUUUAUGUGAAAUUCAUGUUCAACAUGUACCUAGAAAUUCUGUUAUGGUCUAUCAUGUAAAAUAGAGAUUUAAAAUUGAGUAAAAACAAAUAAUGUUUAUCCUGGAAAAUGCCUAGUUUGUUAUACAUAUUUUUGUACAAUAUGAAUCCAUAUUUAUCCCCUUUUUAUUAACUUGUUUACUGAGCUGAUAGAUCAUAAUCGCUUUUUAAGAAGCUAUUAUCUUGUGUCAGUCUGAGUCUCAUGCACCAGAUUUGGUGCUAGAAGUACAUGAGGUGCUUUUUUUCCCCCCUUGAUGCAUUAAAAUUUUCAGACCACAGAAUUCAGUUUUUAACUUUUUGCCCCAAACACAACCGACACUACUAUCCAGGAGAUUAAACUUCCAUUUUCAGUCCUGGUCUAGCCCCAGGGCCUGUCGUGGCCUGGGAGUGCUGUGGAUGCAGUAUAAUGAGCCACUAGAGAGUGAAUGCUUGGUUUCAACAGCCUCCAUGAACUAUUAAGAGAUUGUGUAACUGUCUCCUCCUCCCCGGCCCUACCCCCACCACACAAUCAACAAACAUCUGAGGGACUUUGCUGGGAUUUUAAAAAGUGAUGGACUACCUUAUUACCUGUACAGUUAUGCAAACUAAGAAGAGACUUCAGGAUUUAAACUGAUUAUUUGUAGGGGAUUAGGAAGAGAUACUCUGCACUCCCUAUGUAGAGAACACUUGAACAACUCAACACAAAUGAAAUGCACAGAAUUGCACAUAUCAGAACAAUGUUAAUAUACACACAUAUAUUCCCAUGCACUCACCUAGUACCAUGUGACAUCAUGGCUUGAUGAACCUGUAGCUUCAAAGAAAAAAAAAGUUCUAAUAGUGAGGAAUACAAGAUAAGACAGAGCUAAACGGUAAGGAAAUAGUCCAUAUAGAAAAAGGGUUUGUACAGAGGAUAGGAGACUCUGAAAGAACUAAUUAUCAAGUAGAAUCAAUUGAAAAUAUGCAAAAGAAGAGGGAAUAAACUAAUAGUAGAAUAUUCUACAUUCUGCUUGAACAGCAGGAGCAGCAAGAAUUACAAAGGUAUAAGGAAAACUAGUAGGUAUGAGGAUCUCAAAGCAAUACACAGUAAAGAGGAGAAAUACAUUGAUUAAGUUUGUGGACAUGUUACAAGACCAUUUCUCUAUAAAUUAUGGGCUUCAACUCCCAUUGACUUUAAUGGCACUGAAUCAGGGCUUAUUAUAAGGAAGAUUGAAAAGGGUUUGCAAUGUUUUGUAACGCAAAAGAUUACUGGUGAUAUAGAAGUGAGGAAGCAUCCCUAUAUCAGUAACUAAUAAAAAGCAGAAAUAUUCCUUUACUGCAGGAUAAUGCUCAGGCAAACCAAAAAUCACAGUUUCCUAUCAAACAGACCCAUAAGAGAAUGGGUUUGGAGGACCAAGUGUAUGUUGGAGGAAGCAAACCCUCACAACCUCCUUCAUUUAUGGAGGCAGACAUAAUCCGCAGAAGACUGCAUACUCCUCUGUAGGUCUCCAUUCCCCUGGCAAGCAAGAGCAGUGCGGUGUCACUCACAAAGGGCACACACUGGGGGUUAAUGUUGAGUUACAAGAAAAUCCUCAGCUUUCCCUGAUGUCAUGAUUUGUUUUUAAACAACCUUAAAGAGACUUGCAAUCACAGGAAUUAGUAACUCUGAAUUUGGAACCUGUUGCCUCUUAGCCCUGCAUUUAGUCCAUAUUUAACAUAGCUUUUUCUCAAGGGGCAUUAGUAAGAGGAGUAGCCUUCUCCCCCCACAAAAGUUUUAAGAUUUAGAUCAUUGUGAUUGUUAGCCAAAAUGGCUGCCUUGGUACUUCUGUAAAAUUUUUUGAAUAAUCUCAAGAAUAAAAUGUAUAGUGAAAUGUGGAUUUCACAACCUAAUUUGAAAUUUUGGAGCUCUUAAAAAACCCCAAAGAUUUACUUAUUUUUACAGAAAAAUAAAUGUGAAGACUCAACGAGUGCAAAAUUAAUUGACAAAAUUGUUUGCAGUGUUGUAACCAUGUAUAUUUAGUCAGUUUCUACCAGAUCUUAGUUAUGAGAUUUGAGGCUAAAACAAGCAAAGAGAAUGUUCCUGGCUAUCUAUUCUACUAGAAGUCAGUAAGCAAGAAAAGACAAUCUAGUGAUACUGGACAAUAAAACUCUUACUACUAUGGAAUCUUUGCUGCCUUGAUAGGGUUGUUAUUAUAAGUCAGAAAUUGAUACACAGUCUUCUCUUUUCAGUAUCGAAAGAGAGGUUUAUUAGGAAUUCAAGAAAACCCUAACCAUAUUUGGUAAUUGGGAAAGCAGAUAGUGGAUCAAAUUUAAUAUUAGUAAGAUGAAAGUAAUGCCUACUCAAUUUUCACACACAAUUUUGGACUCUGGGUUGGCCAGACCAUCUCAGGUUAAAAACAGUGGCUAUGGAUAGCUCAAUAAAGCCAUCAACUCAAAGCAAUGCAGCAGUUAAUGUGCACUAUUAAAAUGUUUGAAUGAAGUGAGGAGAUUUAAAACAUUGUAGUCCUCGUUAAUCAACAAUACAUCUGCAACUCAGGUACUACAUUCAUUUUGAUUAUAGCAAUAGCCAUCAGUUGAAAUACUUAUUUUAGGAAAGACUUGAUGAGGGAAACCCAAAGAUUAAAUACAAGUAAAAUACAAAAAUUAUAUUGAACUCCUUCUUGUGUCCCUGAAGCACCCUUUGUAAGCAGAAUAGUUUGAACUCUUUAGCAAAUAAAUUCUUUUAAAUGACCUCUUUUUCUGAUCUCCAUUUCAGUGCAGAUCAAUUUUUAUUAAAAAGGAAUUUUUUUUUUUUACUUAAAUGCCAGUUUCUCCCUGUGACAGCACUUGCUUUCUUUCAUCAAUGAUUCCGUGACAAAACCUUAUGCUGGAGUGGACUUAAAAUAUCGUAAGGUAAAAAGGUUCCAUGCUAUAAAGUGCUUCAAAAGUAUGGGUAUCAAUUUGUGACGCCUGUGGUGUGUGUUCUUGGUUGAGUUAAAUGGGGAAAUUGUUAGGCCAUGUGUAGAUGGAAGUCACCACUUACGUGGCUUUUUAAGAGUUUGGGGUGUGAACAGAAAGAAAAAAAUACAGGUUCCAAUGCUGCAAGGCAAAAUCAUAAUAUGUGUAGGACCUCAACCUAUUACAGAAUUCUGUGUAAUUGUGUACAAAAAUGAAUAUGUAGCUACAUGGCGUACCCACACUGCCUCCAAAGCAUCACAGAAAUGUAACGAAGUAAUCUUUUCAAACAGGUUCUUCUGAUAAGCACAAAAAUUGCCAAAUUAACACUUGUAACAUAUGGCAAUUUUAAAUGCCAUUGCUACUCAAAGACUUACAUGAGCAACCUGAAUGGAAAGUCCCUCUCUCUUGGAAAAUAUUUGCCUUAUUGGUAUGACCUCUCUCUUUAUAGCCGAUCAUAAUAAUAUAUGGUUUUUUGUGUUAAAAUACAAUAUUAACAAUGUUGGGCUGUGGAAUUGCCAGUCACUUGUGGCCACCAAAGAAAUAACAACAAGUAAUAUCUUGCAUUGCUGUAAGUUCCUAGGAUAUCUGCAUCUGAUCCACGAUCCGCAAACAUGGUCCACGGAUAUCCGCAUCCGCCAAUGUGGAUAUCCGCAGAUUUAAAGCGGAUAUCUGCAGAUUUUGCAGGGCUCUGAUUAAAAGCCAGGGGCACUUUAUGUGAAGGGAGCCCAUUGCAGGCAAUAAGAAGAUAAGAAUCACCACACUGGGUCAGACCAAUGGUUCAUCUACCCAGUCUCCGACAGUGGCCAGUACCAGAUGCUUCAGAGGGAAUGAACAGAACAGGGCAAUUUUCAGUGAUCCAUUUCCUGUCAUCCAGACCCAGCUUCUGUCAGUUGAAGGUUUAGGGACACCUGCAUAGGGUUGCAUUCCUGACCAUGUUGGCUAAUAGCCAUUGAUGGACCUAUCCUCCAUGAGGUUAUCUAAUUAUUUUUUAACCCACUUAUACUUAGGUUGACUGUGCAUUGUGUGAAGAGGUACUUCUUUUUGUUUGUUUUAAAACACGCUGCUUAUUAAUUUCAUUGGCUGACCCCUGGCUCUUGUGUUAUGUGAAGGGGUAAAUAACACUACCUUAUUCACUUUC